AUCAUUCAUUAUUUAAUCAUAAUAAGAGUAAAGAAGCUGUCAAAAAUGAUUGUGAACCUCGUAUUCGGCAUCCUAGCGGUGCUUGUGGCAUUAGUCUAUUACUCGACGAAAAAAUUCAAUUACUGGAAGAAGAGAAACGUUCCUUAUAUCAAGCCGACACCAAUAUUUGGCAACUAUGGCGACCUGUUCCUUCUAAAAAAAAACAUGGCCGAGGUAGGUCAAGCCAUCUGCAAACAAUUCCCAAAGGAACCCUACGUUGGAGCUUUCUAUGGCACGGAACCUACGCUCAUCGUCCAAGAUCCCGAGUUCAUCAAACUCAUCACCACCAAAGACUUCUACUAUUUUCAUGGUAGAGAAAUAUCCAAUUACGUUCACAAGGAACCCGAAGCCAACAAUGUAUUCGCUUCUUACGGCGAUGAGUGGAAAGUUGUGCGUCAAAAUCUCACUCCAGUGUUCUCAUCAGCAAAAAUGAGGAGCAUGUUCCCACUCAUAGAAACAUGCUCCCACACUUUUGAAAAGCUGCUCGAUGAAGAUAUUAGCAUGUCUGACAUCAUCGAAAUUAGGGUGUUCAUGGCCAGGUACACCAUGGCUUGCAUCAACUCCUGCGCGUUUGGUGUCGACGCUCAUACCAUGGAAGGUGACUAUAAAACUAACCCAUUCGUACAAGCAGGAGACAGGGUGUUAGACACCUCUAAUAAAAAUUUCUUCAAGAAUCUUUUGCGAUCAGUCUGGCCAAAGAUUUUUUACGCGUGUAGACAGACAUUCAUGCCACCUGAAACCACAAAGUUCUUCCAUAAAUUUAUGGUGUCAGUCUUCGAAGCACGCGACUACAAGCCCACGAACAGAAACGACUUUGUCGACUUCAUAUUGAAUUUUAAGCAGAAGAACUAUAUUGAGGGCGACAGCAUUGCGAAUAUCAAAAGUAGUGAAGACAAUAAGAAGGUUUCAAUGCCAGUUACUGAUGAGUUUUUGGUGGCAAACUGUUUGAUAUUCUUCCUGGCUGGAUAUGAGACGUCUGCUACCACGUUGAGCUAUACCAUGUAUGAACUUGCGAAGAGUCCAGAGAAUCUGAAGCGAGUGCAGAAGGAAAUUGAUGAGUAUUUGGCAAGAAACGAGAACAAAUUGCAGUACAACUGCGUGACUGAACUGCCUUUCACAGAGGCGUGUGUUGAUGAAGCCCUGCGGUUGUAUCCAGUGCUUGGACUGAUAACGAGGGAAGUAAUCGAGGACUACUCGUUGCCGACUGGUGUUCACCUCGACAAAGGAGUCCGCAUCCACCUGCCGGUCUACCACCUGCAUCACAACCCCGAGUUCUUCCCAGAGCCUGAGGUGUACCGUCCUGAGCGGUUUCUGGGAGAAGAGAAAAGAAAAAUAGUUCCUCACACUUACAUGCCCUUUGGCGAUGGGCCACGUAUUUGCAUUGGCAUGAGGUUCGCAAAGAUGCAAGUGUUCGCUGGCCUGGUGACUGUUUUGAAGAAGUACAACUUGGAGCUGACCCCAGAGACUCCAAGGAAACUGGAGUUCAUGCCGACCUCCAUCAUCACACAGCCUACCAUGCCUCUGAAGAUCAAGUUCAGCAUUCGCGAGGGAUGGGAGAACCGCGCGUUUGUUAAAACGCAAUAAUUCGAUCUCCGGACAACCAUUAUAGAUUUGUAUAUU